GCUAUAUCAGCAGUUGUUAUCUUGUUCCGGUUUUGCUAAACUCAACGCGACGAUAUAAGCUGAUUGAAUGCGAAACAGUGAUCGAGUGAAGCAAAGCAUAAAUGGAGAAAGCGAAAGCUGAGAUACACCAGGCUCUUUUUAUCGGCAUCUCAGUCGCGUCGGUUUUACUACAAACAUGUCGAUACAGAAAGGCUAUCGAGUUGUUGGCUGAAUGCUUAGAGUUUCUUAACAAAAACGCUUUGAGGUCAGAUGCCGAAACAUUGAAGUGCCUCUCAGCCCUUGCUUACAGCAGGUUAUCACACAUUUAUUUCCAUAUUGGAGAUUCUAAGAAUGGCUUUAAAAACAGAGAAAAGGCAAACGCUAUAUAUCCCCAGAUAGGUGACAAUAAAAGUUCAGCUGAAUGUCUCGGUAAGCCUAGUAAUAGACACACACCUAAGACCCACGACUCGCAAGAUAAUGGAGAGGAUGAAGAAGUUGAUGAGGUUUUAUCAUCUAGGAAUGAUGGAGACAAGGUAAAGGAAGCAGGUGUUCUUAACAUGCUCAGUAAUUUGGCUCUUUCUCGUUUCGAAUACUUCAGAGCCAGACGCCUUUUAGAAAGAUUAGCUGAACUGUGUGGCGAACUUGGGGACAGGAAGAAGGAGAGAGUUGCAUUACAUCGUCUCGGUGAUCUGUAUAAGUCACUUGAGGAAUAUGAACAGGCUCAGAAAUACCAUAAAAAGGUCCUGCUAAUGGCGGAGGAAGAUGAGGACACCUACAUGCAAGGGGUGGCCACUGGCAGGCUUGGGACGUUAUGUAAAUUACGCGGUGAUUAUGUGCAAGCAAAACGCUUGCGGAAGAAGGCACUCGAAAUUAGUGUGAAAAUCGGAGACAAGGAAGGAGAAAUAAUUGAUAAUAGAUUCCUCUCUGGUAUUCUGCUCAAUCUUGGUGAAUUCAAAGAGGCUCGAGACUGCUGCCUAAAGGCAUUAACUCUUAGUAAAGAAACUGAUGACAAAAACCAAGAGGCCUCAGCUUACAGCGAUCUGGGUGAUGUCCAUAGAAAGUUGAAAAGCUUUGAAAUGGCGGAGCACUGCUACAAGAGAGCGAUAGAAUUAUACGAAGAAACUGGUGACUUAGAAAAUGAAGAAAGUGAAAACAGUCGACUUGGAGAUCUUUACCAUUUUCUUUGUAAGUAUGACCUGGCACUUAAGUGCCAUGAAAGAAGUCUUAUCAUUGAGAAGCAAACUGGUGAUAAAAGAGGAGAAGCUACGCAAUACUGCAACCUUGGAGCUGCUUAUAAAGAUCUGGGAAAUCAUCUCAUGGCUAAGGAAUGUUGUGAACAGGCGCUUGCUAUUAGCAGAGAGUCAAAGCACGAAAGAGGGCAAGCAAUUAAUCUUAGCAAUCUAGGAACUGUCUAUCAACAUCAUGGUGACUACAAAACGGCGUACGAACUCCACCAAAAAGCACUGAACAUUAAAAUUAAAACUGAUUACAAAGCGGAACUAGCUGCUGAAUACCUCCACCUUGGAAGUUGUUGUGCGCGUCUUGGCGAGUAUGCGAAGGCAACCGAGUUUUUGCAUCUAGGACUUGACGUAGCUAGAAAUAUUGGCGAUAGUAAUAGUGAGUCAAAUAUCCUGGCCAGUUUAGCAUCUAUAGAGGGAAUCAUUGGCGAGAAUGAAAACGCAAAAUCUUAUUAUGGAGAGGCACUUCACAUCAGCCAAGAAGCUCAAGAUGUGAGACAAGAGGCAAUGAUGAUGUGUAACCUUGGAGUUGUUGCUCAUUCUCUUGGUGAUAUGCCUAAGGCCAAGGAAUUGCUUGAAAGAUCCUUACGGAUAAUGAAACAAAUUGGAAAUAAAGAGGGAGAAGGUACUGCUUUGUCAUGCCUUGGAAUUAUUUAUCAUUCACUGGGCGAAUACCGUAAGGCAAUAGAAUACAGUGAAAAGGCUCUUUCUAUUUCAAGAGAAUCAAUUGACAAAGAGGGAGAGAUGGCACUCAUCGACAACUUGGGACAGGUUUACCUGACUCAGAAAGAGUUUAAGAAAGCAUAUGAAUGUUUUACUAAGGCUCUGUCAAUCGCUUUAAUGCUUAAGAAUUCACGAAAAGAAAGCCAUAGUUACUGCAACCUAGCGUUGCUGUGCUUUUUGCAAAAAGAUUUAUCAAAAGCUUUCUGGUAUCUCUCAGAAUGCAUUAAGGCGCUAGAAAAAACGUUGGUAUUACACGGAGAAAGCGAACAUUUUAAGAUAGGCUUUGCAGACCAGCACAACAAUCCCUAUCGAUUAAUGGUUGUUGUCCUCCUUAAACUAGGACGUGUUGAACAAGCUUUGGCUGUGUCAGAACUUGGACGUGCACGAUCAUUGGCAAAGCGAAUGGAAACUCAAUAUUCAGCUCAGCCCUUACCUGGUUUUGAUCCUUUUCAAUGGAUUGAUCAUAAAAACGUUGUCCGGAAAACAUCCUGUACUUGUCUGUCAUUUUGUUUUUUUAACGAUGUUCUUAUUUGCUGGAUUUUAAAGGCUAACAUGAAGACACCUUGCAUAGAGCUCGAGAAUUUAGCGAGACAAUGGGUUUCAGCAUACGGUCAACCUAAAGAUACCUCCAUUCAAGACAAGUUGAAGGAUCUGGCAAAUGAAUGCUACAGAAAGUUUUCGCUUUUGUCAGGAGAACGAUGCGAAGAUCGGUAUUUGGUCCUUGAUGAUGUAAAUUCUGAGGCUAGAUCGCCAACCAAAUCUGAAGGAAGCCUACAACAUCAAGAGAGUUGCAGUGCCUGCCAAGUCAAGGAAAGGAGGAAUGAAGGAGUAUCAAAUAAAGAACCACCCCUCAAAGAGUUGUAUAAUGUCACCAUCGCUCCAGUGGCCGAUCUAUUUGAAGGAUCUGAGAUCGUUGUUGUCCCUGAUCGUUCUCUGUACAGAGUUCCAUUUUCUGCAUUGAUGAACGAAAAAGGAGAAUUUCUAGCUGAAAGGUUCAGGAUCCGGUACACUCCAUCUUUGACGACUCUCAAGCUGAUCCAAGACAGUCCUGCAGAUUAUCACAGUGAGACAGGAGUUCUCCUUGUUGGCGAUCCUGAUGUUGGUACACUUGAUCGAUUACCAUGUGCUAAAGAAGAAGUUGAGAUGAUUGGAAAGCUUCUUAAUGUUCAUCCUUUAACUGGUAAAGAAGCUACCAAGGAAGCGGUUCUACAGAGGAUACACUCUGUAAGUCUCGUUCACAUUGCGGCACAUGGUGAAGAAGAGAGAGGUAAUAUCGCAUUAGCUCCAUCCAACCGUGAGAAAGAUGACUUUCUGUUGACAAUGGCCGAUAUCUCAGUAGUCAGAUUGCGAGCCAAGCUUGUGGUGCUCAGUUGCUGUCACAGUGGAAAAGGCCACAUCAAAGCUGAAGGAGUUGUAGGAUUAGCUCGAGCCUUCCUAGGAUCUGGCGCUCGCUCAGUGUUGGCAUCUCUCUGGGCCGUGGACGACGAAUCAACAAAGGAGUUCAUGAAACAUUUCUACGAACACUUGGUGGAUGGGAAAAGUGCCAGUGAAUGUCUUCAUGAAACCAUGAAGUGGAUGAGGGAGAACCCUGGGUAUUCGGAAGUUAGAAAGUGGGCACCAUUCGUGCUGAUUGGAGAUGAUGUGUCAAUCAAAUUCGCCAAAUGAAUAUAGGUAAGAUACAUUUUACAAAAUGAAGGGUUAGGCCCGCUUUAGGCCGGCUCAGUAAAGGGCUAAGUUGUUUUCACACGUAGUGAAAUGCGAAACUAUAUUCGAGAAUAUUCUAUUACUUGAUGUUUCGUUUAUUAAAAAGGCGUUGCCUCUCACUGAUAGAUGUAUUUGAAGACAAGAAUCGUGAUCGACAUCAAUUCUAUACAAUUAUUUAAAAGCGUUGGGUUAUUAUGUAUCAAACCAGUUUUUUCAGCAGAAUCGAAGUGAGAAGGCCUGCCUAUGAUCUGUUAAAAGAAUCCGCUAACCUGUAAAAAUCGAUUGCUGUAAAGACCCGCCACAGAAGUAAGUUUACAGUGCAUUGACGUUUUCUGAAUUUAGCUACGCGAUGAAGACUUGAUUUGCGUUUGUUCUGAUCGCGAAUCAUAAUUAUAUUUCUUUUAGAUCGAAUAAUUAUCAAAGCUUGGCUUGAUACUAGCGGUUUUUGGUUGUUGAUUCACCCAACCAGUUCCUAAAUGGAAACACUGUAAAAAUCACCAUGACAUUACCAAUUCAGACAGGGACCGCGCAGAGGGAGUGGCUGGUGGGGCUUCACAUCAAACUUCCCCCCCUUCCUUCCACUUUUUUUCACUAAAACUUGUUCUUCUAAGCAUGCCCCCAUCCUCUUUUUUAGUGGCCGACCGACCUCCAGCCGCAAUUACCACGACAGACAGCACUUUUUCAAAUUUUAUUGCAAUAGAAGACGAAGAAGGCGAGAGUUAGAAAGAAUUACUACACAAAAUGACUUAAAAUUUUUGGCAGAUGAAGCUCACCAAAGUUAAGUUACAAACCUCACUAGUACAAAUCGUGUCCAGAAUCCUACCCGUCUUAAUUACUUCACUCUGUAUGAAGCAGUUUAUGAGAAUGAGUUCACCAAUCGACUGACAAAUGACUCCUCUUGAGUUGGACCGAGAAGUCAACGAAAGGUUAUUGAUAACAACAAAAAAAAACGCUUUCAAAGUAUGCCUGCCCCAUUGCAACAUAUGAGGAAAUGUAAUUUCUGACGUUUGAGUGACAUGGGAACGAAAUAGUCAGAAAUUAAUAUUCUGACAGCACUUUGAAGAGGUUCGCGUUGCAUCACGGUAGUUUCGUAUUAUUUAAGCGUUUCGCGGGAAAAUUUAGCCAUUCUAGGUCGGUCAGUCCCAGGUUUGACCACCUUCUUUUUCAUAUUUAAUGUAGUUUUGUUUUACAACUCUCUGUAAGAUAUCACUGCUGUCAUUCAAUUUUCUGUGUGAUUGGUAGUGUAACUAGGUUUAUUUUAGUUACCCUUUCCUCGGGGUACAGUGCUGCUGUAUUAGAUGAGGAAUACGUUUCCACAUAUUUUUGGCCACUUCUAAAGAGUGGUUUUUUUAGUGGUUUUUCGCACAGGCUAUUUUUGUAUAAUCGUCCAGUUUCAGUGAAUAUUUGCAGUACAUUGCAGAUUGUAGAAGGGUGCGUAUACUACAAGACUGACUGACUCAUCCUAAAUAAAAUUUCACAUUGAAUAUCUCGCCUGGGUGUAGUCAGAAUCAUGAGGAAGCAAAGGUGUUUUUUCGGAGACGGAAUUCUACUUUUGUUCGUUGUUUUUUCGUUUGUUUUGUUUGUUUUGUUUGUUUUUUAAGAGAGAGAGACUACUUUAUCACUGAAGGAGAGAACCCCAGGCGUCUCAACACGGUAGACUGUUAACGAUACUGUUAAGAAGGGACUCAAAAAGGAAAUACAAGUUUA